UUACCUGGUUAUGAAUAGUUAAGAGAUUAGCCGCUUGUUGCAGUGUUUGCGAAACAGGUAGUCAGUCACUCACGUGAACUUGACUGCGGGAUCAGGUACGUCGACAAGAGGUCAACCGAUUUGUAUUGAAAUGAUAAAAUAUUUUAUUGAAAUAAGAGAUCGUUUAAUAUCAAUUAUCACAUACAAGAUACCUACAAAAUCUUUGCAGAAGAACAAAAAUGAUCACAAAUGAUGAUGAAGAUACAAUGUACGAUGAUGGCGAUAUUGGAUAUAGCUCUCAAGUUUCCUCAAGUUCCAUCUGCUCAGCUGAUGGUCAAACAAACGGCUUUAUUGAAGCCGUUGCCUCAUCUUUGGUAAAACCUCCAAAGCAGAUAAAAACUAUUUAUCUCGAAGAAAGUUUAUCAAAGGAUAAGAAGAAGAAAAUAAUUUCUGAUUGGCUGCAUGAGUGCUAUUCAAUAUGUUUCUAUGGAAUUGUUUCGACAAAUAGUGGAAAAUUUUCGCAUGUGUAUCUGUUAGAAGUAGACAAGCACUCGAAGACUUGGUCCUAUAUCGAUUCAUUGUUUAGCGAGGAAGAACAAAAAUUUUUAGAGGAGGUGUUCGAGUCCUUUUCUCAAGAAACUACUGAAAAAUUGCAUUAUUCGCCUAAGCCUGCCUAUCAACAGCGUUUAAAUUCAUACGAUUGUGGAAUUUUAUUAUUAAUUUCGCUUGAACAAGUACUUAUUGGCGAAUCUCCACCAACUUCCAUAUCGCAAGAGCUUAUUAACAAAAAAAAAGAGGACUACAAGGAAAAAUUUGGAUUAAGUUGUGGCGUUCAACUUGCAGAGGAGUCUAACUAUGAUAUGGCUAAUUAUGACGUUAAUGAUAUAGAAGCUAAUAACGAGAGCUAAGCAAUUCAAAAUUAAGUUGUAUCAUCAAAAGAAAAAUGUCUUUUUCUUUAAAAGAUGUUAGAUAUUUUUCAGAGUGUUUGGCAUAUUAGCAAAUAUGAUCAAAAUAAUAAGAAAUUCGAAUUUAGUUAUAUUUGUAGACAGCUCAUAUUAAUACAAUGAUUUGACAAACAACAUGACUUUAUUUAUAUUUAAUACAUUAAUUUAGUCUAUAUAUUUUUAACGCAUGAAAGUAGACGCUAAGAGACAACUUUUACCGCGGUACUUGACGAAUUUGGUUGACUUGUUGUCGCAACUCUAGAAUGUGUUGUAAAUAUCCUUCUAAAUCGUUUAUAAAAUAAUUUAUUAAAGUAGGCAAACAAGAAGAAAUUUGCUGCGGAAUUAAAACAAACUAGAUUAUAGGCAAAAAAGGCGAAAUAGUAAAAUACAUGACCACAAGUUAGCAUUUGUUUAAUAUACAAACCUGACAUAAUUAAUCUUAUAAUUUCGAAGAAGAAAACUGUUAUAAAUAAUAUAUUAACGGCUAAUAGAGAUCUUGUUAGGUAUCUAGAAUUUUUUAGACGCCUUAGACAUAUUUCUGAAUCAUCAAUUUUCUUCGUUAAAGACUUGAUAGUUAUUACAGUCAAUACGAGAAUAAUAAGAAUGGGCAAAACUAUGACUAGUAAAUUAUGGCCUACUAUCCUAUAUAAUAUUCCAUAGUAUUUAUUUUUAGAUUUCAGUGUAGUCGCCUUUAAUUUAUAGACAUUCAAAUUUGGGUCAAAUAUAACAAUAAAUUCGAAUCUUCUACUAAUACAAUAACAUCCUGAUAUGAUCAUUAAUAUAAAUACGCAUAUACACAAUUUAUUAACAGUUAUACGCUUUAGAAACAUUGGCUUACAUACUGCUAUGUAUCUUUCAAUUGAUAUUAAAACAAUAAGCCAACUUGAUACAAAUCUACAAAAAUCUUCCAACGAAAGAGUAUUCAUCACUCCAUAGGCAUAGAAAUAUGAAUAUUUUUCAUAAAAACCUUUGUUUAAAUAAGCUAACAUGCUUUUCAAACCUUUAAAAUAUAAGUAAAAUUGAAGUAUUAUCGUGUCAAAAAAUUCCAGUAGAAUUACCAAUAUUGCAGUUGUUUUUCUCACCUUUAACAUUGAAAACCAAAUAGCCGUCGCAAUUAAAUUAAACAAUGUACCAAACGAUGGAAUAAGGGUUGCCGUUAGGCCCAUAAAUAAAAAUUCAGACAAAAUACAAGAUUCUAAGUUAUUAUUACUUCUAUUAUUUGUAUUGUUCAGUGUCAUUUUGUCUACAAUUGACCACCGUCUAAAAAUUCUCCCCAGAGAAAGAUAUCAUUCGAAACGUAUACGCUUUAAGUAUUAUUACACCUAGGUGGCUCUGCUACAGAACAAAAAUAAUUUUCCAGAAAAACAUUUUAAAAGAAAGAAGAGAUGACUCAGUUUCAAGCCUUGUAAUAGAAUAUAGACUUGUCUUUAUUAUAUACUACGAGACCUUUAUCUACAUAUAUACUAUCUGUCGCUUUCUAAUCUAAAGGGAAAAACACUAGUAAAAGUAGUAGUUGUGCGGUGUUUAAUGUAAUUUGUUUGAUAGAACAAACUGUUUAUUGGACAGAUAUUUUAUAAACUUAAAAGUGUAGGUAAUUUAAGAUCUAUCUCUCACUGUAUCUCUUCCUUCGCUUGUAAUUUACUGCAUAUACUAAAAUACAAGCAAUUGUUAGAUUUAUCUGUAUUGUUGAAUUUAGUAAACAAUUAAUUGACAUCAAUAAAAUCAACAAAUUCAACACUAUCUUCAUUUUCUCCUACAUCGGCAUAAAUCAUAUCAAGAUAUUGUGCCCUCUUUUUGUCAAUUUGAGAGCGGCUAUAUUGACUAGACGGUUCGUGACCUAGUAGUCUCUCCUCAAGUAUCAUCAAUAGUAUGUAACCACAGUCAACUCCGCUGGAUUUUUGUUGAUGACAUUUCCUCGGAACAUGCAUGACUCCUUCGUAUUCUAUCUUGUGUUGUAGAGCGAUUCUUACAAAGUCUUCCCAUGAUGUAUCCCUUUCUGAAUCAUAAUAGGUCCAGCACUUUUUUUCUACACAUACUUCAACUAAGCAACAGUGUCCAACAGGUCUGCUUUUUGGUUUAUUAAUCAGAAUACUAUAGCAAGUAGGGUAUUCGCAUUCUUCAAUUUUCGAUUUAAAAUUCUCUAUGGCACAUUGAUUGUUAGGUUCAAUAAGGCUAGUUAAAAUACUUAUCUUCUUGCCAAUAUCCUUUGGACAGCCAUCUCUAAGCUUCUGUGCUAUUAUCUCUAUUUCGCCAACACUCAAUAGUUUGUGCGAUUUUUGAUUUGGUUUUUGAAGGCAUCGCCGUUUUCUCUUGUAACUUUCAAAUGAAUCGCUGUCGUAUAAUUGAUCUUCUUCUGAUGGUGAGGGUGAAUACAUGAUGGGAAUUUAGGAUGAAAAUUUUCUAAAUUCUGUAUCAUUCCUUCUAUUUUUAAAAAAAAUAUAAUAAAGAUCUGGCAGGAAUAGAAUCGUCUGGCCACCUUGUCUAAUAUGAACAUUUAAGCGCCAUCGAAAAUUACAUCAUCUUAACGAAAAUUCUAGAAUACUACUAUCUUAAAACCAUGAAAUAACCAUAUUUUUCGCCACCUACAGGUAAGUUUGAUGAGAAAUGCGUGGACUGGAGUACAUUUAAAUAUUGUAGUAGUAAAAAGUCACACGCUUUUUAGAGAUAUCUAAAUAGAUAUUUCAAUAUUAUUAAAAAGAUAAUAUAUAGAUUUUGUCUUGGAAUUAAUAGAUUUAUUAACGAUUAAACAACAAUUACAGAAAAAGACUGAUAAAUAGUUCACAGAUAAAUGAAUUGUUAUUAGUUUACGACUUACAAUACGGUUUAAAUCGACGGAGACAUUUUUCAAAGACAACGUCUAAAUAUAAUAGUUUAUUUGUGUAAAGACUUGGAAUUCUUGGUCUCAAUAGAGUACAGAUAUACAAUAUAUAUAUAUACUGUAUAUAUAUUCAAUAAGUAUUUGUAGUACCAGUCACUUCCAUAACAUGAACGAUAUUUCUUGUAAAGAACCUUUUAAACUUUCUAUAGAAUAUCUUAUUUAAGAAGGCGAAUAGAAAGAAGUUGGCAGCUGAAUUAAGACAAGUUAAAUUGUACGUAAUCGAUGUAAAAUAGAAGAAAAAAUGCCCGCAAGUUAUCAUUUUUUCAACGUAUAAUCCUGAUAUUACUAAUCUAAAAAUUUCGAAUAAGAAUGUACAAAUAAAUAAUAUAUUAACAGCCAUUAGAGAUCUCGUAAUAUAUUUUGCAUUUACGCUAAGAUGGCUUUGAAUUUCUAGUACCUUUCUCGUAAGUGUUCUCAACGUGAAAAUCGUUAAAAUUACAAUUAUUGUGAAAGGUAAUAAGAUAACAAUCAAAUUUUGUAACACUAUUCUAUAUAAGAUACCGUACAUUGUAUUGUUCUUUUUCAAGCUUGUAGGCUUAAGCUUAUAGUAGGAAUCUCUUUGAUCGAAAUAAAUGUCGUAUUCAUAGGCCCGUGGUAUUGAGAAACUAAUACCAAAUAUGGCUAAAAAUACAACUGCUAUAGUAACUCUUCCAGGUUUGAAAUAUUUGGCUUUAUAAGGCCAACAAAUUGCAAAAUAUCUUUCUAUAGAAAUAAAGACUAUAAUCCAAUUUGAUGUUAUUCUAGCAAAAUUCUCUAUUGGUAGGAUACGAGCCACAGCUUUAGAUCUGAAGGAGGCAUACACUUUAAAAAAACUUUUAUCAACAUAACCAAUAAAGAUAUGAAGGCUUUGAAAGAUAAGAAAAAAUAUUAAAAUUAAACUAUCGGAUAUUUCCAAACAAACAACAAGAAUUGUAGUAGCAUUGAUCUUAGAAUUAUUCAUUGUUAACCAAAUAAUAGCCGCCACAGUAUUAAAUAUUGUUCCAAAAGUCGUAAUAAAUGUUAAACAAACGCCAGAUAGUAUAAAAUUCCAAAAUUCACAAUUGAAUAAUUGUUUUUGAAUCGAAUUCGUGGUAUUCAUCGUGUAUUAAAGAUUAUUAAACUUCACCUAAGAUUUGUUCACGAGUGUUUGUCGCAAUUCUAUGAAAAUAUAAUCUAUUAAACAUAAA